GCCGAGAAAUGAAAUUGGCCAAGGCUGCGCUCAAGCAAAGUCGUUCAAUCCCUCCACCUCCACCCCUCCACAGGAUCUCCAACAUUGAAGCAACGCACUUGCUGUAGCAAUAGCGUCGCAAGUUUCAAAGCCACGGACAGCUUCACACUUCCUUUUCCGCUCAGUGGCACCUUUCUUGGAGAAUCCGACACUUGCGACGAGCGCCCGGAAGCAGAAUUACCAUGACCAGAAGGUCAAUCACAAGAUCAUAACCAAAAGAUGAGCACAUCAACAGAAGAGAGUCAGCUCAAUGAGCAACAUGACUUCAUCACAUCGAGCCUCGGCUAUCAUAUCCACCCAACGAUAGUCAAAGCACUGACUGAGGAUGCGAAAUUGCUGCCAGAGAACAUCCGAAUUGCAGACAUCUCGCGAGGCGACCAAUUCAACGGAAGCGUCUCGAUUGACGCACUUGCGCAAGCCAAAAGAGUGAAACUGCCGUUUGGAGGUUACAGCAGCAACAGAAAAGACCUACAAGGCCAAUUCGAUGUCGUCGCAGUCCGCGUUCUCCACACAAACCUCAAGCCCGACAGAUUCAACGAAGCCCUCGACGAACUCGUAGCACUUCUCAAACCAGGCGGCUGGCUCCAAUGGAUUGACUGGGACCCCAUGACAGCACGAAUAGCCACUGUCAAAGCGGGAGCGCCAGAUACCGUGCUUCGCGAUGUCUUGAAUCGCUUCACAGAUGCUCUGCGGGCUCAAAAAGCAGGCUCGACGUAUAAAAUCUCCACAGCAAUGAGUUUACAUCUGGAGGAUGAGGAAUCGGAUAUGUAUACGGUGACUCCGGAGGUGCGGUUCACGGAGAAUGUGGUUGCGGGAGCGCUGCUGUAUCUUGAACGCAGUGGGCAUUGUACCGCACGGGAGGCGAGCGAAUUGAGAGCAAAGGUCAAGGAGGAGAUUGAGAGCGCGGGAUCUCUGCUGUUCUACGAUCUUUGGUGUCAUAUUGCGAGGAAGCCGGCGAAUGAUGCUGAAAAUCUGGAAGCGUGAUAUUUUCAGUAGCGGUGCUGUGCUAUGUGAGUCCUGCAGGUGCCGAGGAUGGGGCAUGCCAUCUGCAUCUCAGGUAAUCGGCGCGGAGGUGUCAGCUGCGAGGCUCACGCGGGUCCCGCGGGCCAGAUCGAGAACACUGUAUGUUCCAAAAAGUAUCGUCCUCCUGCAUACUUGUGCAUAUCGAUGCGGCUCCCAUUGCCCUCUGCCAAGGCCGAUGAGCCUAAGCUUUGUGCCGAGACUGAUCAAGCAACAAGUGCAUUUCUUCUGCCUGUUGAAUACAACCAAGAUCCUAGCAAUACGUUCCAUAGCGAUAUAGAACUUCUCAGCUC